AUGGAUCUGGUGCAUACACGCAAUACAAUAGAUCAACAAGCACAGGCGAAUUAUCAAGCAUAUCAACAAACAUUAGUAGCCCACCGCGAACGAAAAAGACACCAACCAGAAGCUGAAGAAAUGACAACCAAUUUGACAAAUCAAAUCUUACUGAAGGGUAUUCAACCAGCAAAACAAUUUACGGAUCGUGACGAUCAAGAUCCAAUCGCAUGGGUACAAGGUAUCAAUGAACUAUUUGUGGCCACCGGUCAAUGUACAGAUUUAUUAGAAAAAGCAAAACGAGUGGAAGCCGCGACAACACUCACCCAACCAAUAGUCACACCGACCACUGAAACAAUGGAAGAAAGCACCACAGCUGCUCUUCGCCGAACAAACAAUACUCAAAAUUUUCGUCGAGAUGAUUAUUAUAAUCGAAAUUAUCCCCGUUAUUCAAAUUAUGAUCGCCGAUGGCGACAACCACAAAAUUCGGUUACCUAUCAACAGUCUCCAUAUCAACAACAACCAAGCAUGUCAUCCCGACUAGUCUGUUAUAAUUGUAGCAGUUAUGGUCAUUAUUCAUAUCAAUGUCCAAGUCAUUUAAACGAGUAA